AGAGAGGGAGGAGGAGGAGGUGAGGGGAGCACAAUGGAGACAUGGAGUUAGGCGGCUUGGGAAAGCUCAAUGCAAAGAGAGCCCAGAGGGGGUGUGGAUUAGGGACCAAGAGGUGACCCCGGGAGAAGCAGAAGGCAGAGAGAGGAGUGGAAAGAUCGGGAGGCAGAGGGAGACUGGAGGGCCGGGCGGGGAGAAGGAGAGGCACAGAGCCGGGAGACAAGAGUGGGUUGGGGUGUUCGGUCCCCGGUGGGGAGGAGAGGGAGGCUGGAAGUCCUGGAGGAACAGGGUCCCACAGACAGGAGAGGGGACAGCAGAGAGAGGGGGGCCGGGCACUGGGAAGGGGUCGCCCAGAGGCCUCCCGGGCAUGGAGGGUGCAGCUCGUCUGAGCGCCCCUCGCGUGCUGGUUCUCUGGGCUGCGCUGGGGGCGACAGCUCACAUCGGACCUGCACCUGACCCCGAGGACUGGUGGAGUUACAAGGAGAAUCUCCAGGGAAACUUCGUGCCAGGGCCUCCCUUCUGGGGGCUGGUGAAUGCAGCCUGGAGUCUGUGUGCGGUGGGGAAGAGGCAGAGCCCCGUGGAUGUGGAGCUGAAGAGGGUCCUUUAUGACCCCUUCCUGCCCCCACUGAGGCUCAGCACUGGGGGAGAGAAGCUCCGGGGAACCCUGUAUAACACUGGUCGCCACGUCUCGUUCCUGCCCGCACCCCGGCCCGUGGUCAACGUGUCUGGGGGUCCCCUCCUUUAUAGCCACCGACUCAGUGAGCUGCGGCUGCUGUUUGGAGCACGUGAUGGGGCCGGCUCUGAACACCAGAUCAACCACCAGGGCUUCUCUGCUGAGGUACAGCUCAUCCACUUCAACCAAGAACUCUACGGGAACCUCAGCGCCGCCUCCCGAGGCCCCAAUGGCCUGGCCAUUCUCAGCCUCUUUGUCAAUGUGGCUGGCAACUCAAACUCAUUCCUCAGCCGCCUCCUGAACCGCGACACCAUCACCCGCAUCUCCUACAAGAAUGAUGCCUACUUUCUUCAAGACCUGAGCCUGGAGCUCCUAUUCCCCGAAUCCUUCGGCUUCAUCACCUAUCAGGGCUCUCUUAGCACCCCGCCCUGCUCGGAGACUGUCACCUGGAUCCUCGUCGACCGGGCCCUCAAUAUCACCUCCCUCCAGAUGCACUCCCUGAGACUCCUGAGCCAGAAUCCUCCAUCCCAGAUCUUCCAGAGCCUCAGUGGUAACGGCCGGCCCCUGCAGCCCUUGGCCCACAGGGCCUUGAGGGGCAAUAGGGACCCCCGGCACCCGGAGAGGCGCUGCCGAGGCCCCAACUACCGCCUGCAUGUGGAUGGUGCCCCCCACGGUCGCUGAGACUCCCCAUCGAGGAUUGCGCCUGCCCUUCCCGACCCUCCCCACGAGGAGAGGGGAGUCACCCCCAAAACAAAGCUAUUAAAGGGACAGAAUACUUCCUGUUUCUCAGUGGUCUGAUUUUAGGCGCGGAGGGGAAACAUUUGGGUAUUACAGAAUAGUAGCUUUCUUCUAGAAACCAA